UUAUUAUUAUUAUUAUUAUUAUUAUACAGAUAGAUGUAUAUAUAUGGACAGUGAUGCGCUAAACACAAGCAUAACACUGUACCAUAUCACCUUCCUCUAAAUUCCCCUCUCUCUCUCUCUACACAAUUUUUGAAUCUGUUAUCUGGUUUGUUUGAUCGAACUGUGGCAUGGGAUUGAGCAGCAAACAGGUUUCGGGCGAUCAAACGCUGGAUUGGGGGCAAACCUUCCUGCAGUCAGCAGCGGCGGAGACGUCGAAACCGGCGCCAAGCCGGCGGCAGCAGCAGCCUCAAGCGGAGGCGUUGAAGUGCCCGAGGUGCGCCUCCACCAACACCAAAUUCUGCUACUACAACAACUACAACAAGUCCCAGCCUCGCCAUUUCUGCAAAUCCUGCAAGCGCCACUGGACCAAAGGCGGCACUCUCCGCAACAUCCUCAUCGGCGCCGCCCGCAAAAACAAACGCCCUAGGCUUUCCAAACCCGCCAAAUCCCCGCCCGCCGUCUCGACCGGGCAGAAAAACAUGUCAAACAUUCUCUACCACGCAUUGAUCGGCCGCUCCUCCUCGUCGCCGCUGCUGCUGCAUGAAACGACGACGUCGAAUUCGAAAGGUAUCGACAGCAUUUCUUCCCCUUUCAGCGGCGCUCCGAUUAUUCCAACCUCCGAAUUUCAAUUCUCGAGCGCGAAUAACGCAUUUGAUCAUCACUUGGGGGGAAAUCUCGAUUCGAUGGAGGAGUCGACAAUCACCACCGUGAAUGAUCCGGGAGGGGCGUGGGAGAUGGAUUUGCAGAAUUAUUGGAGCUGGAACGACAUCGAUGCGUUGACUUCGGCUGAUCUGAGUUUGGCGUGGGAUGAUGACAUUGAAGAAGACAAGCCAGUCAUCAAACCCUAAAAUUCUGAUGUGGGGAUUAAUUUGUAUGUUAUGAACUAUCAUAUGAAGUAGUUUGUGGAAGCUGUCGUUUUUAGUAAUCAGCUUCGGAGGUACGUACAAGACUUAUUUUAUGUGUCCAACUUGGGUUUGUUUGUUAUACUAUAUCACUUUCGAAGAAGAAUGAAUUUCAUGUCAAAUGUUGGAUUGUUACGUUGGAGAGAGAGAGAAGCAGAUGGGACCUGCUACAGCGAGGUGGGGUGACUAGAUUUGUAUCUUUGUGUAGAUAUAUGUUCGCCAUUUCAGUCUGGAUUUUGUUCUGACUUGUUGCUACUACCAUUUAUUCAUGUUCCUGGGGCCCUUCUGACUCCUCAAUUAUUCACAAAUAGCGAUUGAUUAAUUUAGCCCACUAUUUCUUGACGUA